GGGGGUUCCGAAGGUAGCGUGCUUGUUAUAACGCGCUCAUUGCAUUUUAAAAAUAUAUAUUGAUAACACUAGUUAAAAUAUUAAGCUAUUAACAAAUAAGAUGAAAAUAAUAGCGUUACUUACUCACAAGAUAGAAAGAAAACAUCACCUCUUAAUUUUUGAAAGUGGUCAAGCCUUCUUCUGGUUUAUCAAAAAAGCUACCAACGUCAUUUUAAAGCGACUGUAAACAGGAAAAGACCUCCGGUCUCUAAAUAUCUCUGGGAAAACACACGUGUGAAACAGCAGAGGGGGAUUUAAAGUAUAAUAUAUGGUGGUUGAAUAGCUGCUAGCUAACGUUACAUUAUUGAAGUUGUGCCCACAUCUCAAUUUUGCCCCUUUCAACAUUUGAACAAUGGCUCUGUUCCUUAUUAAUAGGUAUGUUCGCUGUUUGUUGUGUGCUAACGUUAGCUUGCUUCCUUAGUUCUGGAUUGAUAUAGUCAGCUAGCUAGGUAGCUAUAUGAAGUGUUUAUGAAAUGUUUAUAAAGUGUGUUUAUUGGGGACCUGAAACUAAGUACACUGACGACUAUGUUUUUCACAGAUACCUUGGGGAUGACGGAGAUGAUGGCUCUAGCAACGAAUCUCGAGCCAAAGCGUUGUUGGCUAAGCUUCAGAGGAAGGCCAAAGUCAAGGAGCAACAGAGCUUGUCAUGCCAAGGUGAACACCAGUCAAAAACAACAGUUGAGAGUGACAGGGACACCACUGUGAAGAAGAAAAGAAAAAACAAGGGAGACAACCUCGAGGAGACUAAACGCCCAAAGAAGAGGAAAGAGCAAGUAAACCAGGAUGUGUCCCCACCUGACCCUGAAGAACUUUCCGAGGGUGAUAAUGCACGAAAGAAGAAGAAGAAGGAUACAAAAAAGAUGCAACCGACAGAAGAGAACAAAGGUGUGUAUCUAUUAUUUUAUAUCACACAUUUACAGUUGAAAUUGUUACAUCGCUUGUAACGCCAGGGUAGUGGGUUCGAUCCCCGGGACCACCCAUACGUAAAAAUGUAUGCACACAUGACUGUAAGUCGGUUUGGAUAAAAGCGUCUGCUAAAUGGCAUAUUAUAUGAUUAUUAUUACAUUCAUAAGAAUGUAUUUUAUAUUAGUAUUCCUUAUUUUGUCUUUGCUUCUCUCCUUGGUCUUAGAUGGGAUGAAGCAGACAUCUGUCCACAAUAAGAAUAGAAACCUGCAAGAGGCCACUGCUGCUGACAAAACAGAGCUGACAAAAAAUGAUGAUGAAAUGGUGGAGAAAAUUCUGUAUGACCAGUCAAAACAAGACACAGGAUCAAGUUCCACUCAGACUGGUUUCACCAUACUGGGAGGAUUUGAGAAAAAGAUUCUUCAAAAGGUACAAUCUUUUGGUGAAGUGCACUAGUGCAUUGAUAUAACUUGUAGUGGGAAAUGUCUUUACAGUAUGUUCAUGAUACAUUUUAUGUAUUUAAUAUGUUAGGUAAAAAGAGUCCUGCCCAAGUGGCUUGCUGAGCCAGAUGUAAUCCAGAGAGACAUUACAAGCAACCUAGUCCCCAUCAGUGACGUCCCAGGAAUUUGUACUAAACUCCAACGGAAACUUGAGAGCAAUGGAAUUCAACACCUCUUUCCAGGUUAGCAGGCAUGAAGGAUUGGAAGUUGAAAUCUGUUUUACUGUCACAAUAUGGGGGAUGGGGGGGGGGGGUGAAAGUACUCAACUUCUGUUGUGUCCACUUUGCAGUACAAGCGGAAGUCAUCCCAGCCAUUUUAGAGAGUGUGUCUCAUGGUCUAUUGAUUGGAAGAGGGGGCUAUAAACCCAGAGACAUUUGUGUGUCUGCACCAACGGGGAGUGGCAAAACUCUGGCAUUUGUCAUACCUGUUAUUCAGGUAUGAAUUAAACCAUUACCCAUAUAUAUUUUUUUAUGGAAGGUGUGUGUUUUCUUCCAUUAGAUAAGUCAUCAUUUUCUAUUUUUUUUAUGUCAUUAGGCACUGAUGGAGCGAGUUGUAUGUGAAGUCCGGGUUUUGGCAGUGUUGCCCACCAAAGAGCUUGCACAGCAGGUAACUAGGGUCAAACCUUCAAUCUCCAUGAUGGAGAUAACUUGUGAUUAUUUUGCUUGAAAAACGUUUAAAUGUUUUCUCAAACAGGUUUGCAAAGUAUUCAGUUCAUAUGCGGAGGGCAACAGCUUGAAAGUGGUCAUGCUAGCUGGUCAAAAGUCCUUUGCCGCAGAGCAGGCAUCGCUCUCAGAAAACAGGUAAAGACACAUUAUGGUCUUUCUUCCUUGGUGGAUAAUGAAUUAUUCUAUUUGUUUAAGCUUAGUUUCCUUUCAUUCAAAAUAGUAAUUUGUGCGUAAAUAACACCAUGAUUUUAAAGAGAAAAUCAAUCUGAAAGAAAUAUACAUUUUGCUCUUUUUGCAGAGGUGGAAUAAGCCACAGUUUGGCAGACAUUGUUGUCGCAACCCCUGGGAGACUAGUUGAUCACAUCAAUAAGAAUGAUGGUUUCAGUUUGGAACACCUCCGCUUCCUUGUGAGUCACUAGUACAGUGUCAUUUUUAUUUGUAUGGGUGUUAUGACUAACAGUAUUUCAAUAAAGGAUUCAUAUUUCAUUUGGUCAAUAUCAAACCUUCUCUGCAGAUCAUUGAUGAGGCAGACCGGAUGAUUGACAGCAUGCACCAGUCUUGGCUCAGUCAGGUGACCAAGGCAGUUUACAGACCCAGGAGUGGUUCUGAAGCAGUCUCAAUCUUCAAGAGGACAGAGCCUGCGCCUAUCACAGCAGCGAGGUAAGACCUCACUUCUCAGGAUUCUUUCAGACAGUACUGGAAAAUGCAGGAGGGAUUUGAGAAAAAUAUUAUUCAAAAGGUACAAUGUGGUUUGUUUGUUAGUGAGAAUACAAACUGUUCUGCACCAAUGGAUUGUGUGCUUUCAUACAUUAUUCUAGGGUAUAUGCAUUUCAGUGAUGUAAUACAUCUCUGUUUUUACUUUGUGACAGCUUGUCACCGCCUCAGAUGCCUCUGCAGAAGCUCCUGUUCUCAGCCACACUGACUCAGAAUCCAGAGAAGUUGCAGCAACUAGGCCUGCAUCAGCCCAGACUCUUCAGCUCUGUCCACAGUCAGUCAGCGACCAACCCUGAGUCUCAAGAGAGGUUCAACUUCCCACAAGGCCUGACAGUAAGUUACAAAACAUCCCAAAUAUAUUUUUUAUAUAAUUUAUCCUAUAUCCCAGAGCAUUGUGCCAUUGUUGUCUCUUUUCUAGGAGUACUAUGUGCCCUGCACUCUGAGUAAGAAGCCCCUCCUCAUCCUCCAUUUCAUAUUGCGCCUGAAGUUUAGUCCCAUUCUGUGCUUCACCAAUUCCAGAGAAGCCGCUCACAGGUUGGUGAAUCUUCAGGCUUUCUCCUUACUGCGUUAUUGAAUGACGAUUACAUGUCCACAGACAUUUGAUUUGCUUUCUGUUCUCUCUGACAGACUGUACCUGCUAGUGCAGCUUUUUGGUGGAGUGCAGGCAGCUGAGUUCUCCUCACGACUCUCCCCCAAUGAGAGGAAGAGAACCCUCAAGGAAUUUGAACAGGGAAAGAUCCAACUGUGAGUAUGAGUGUCUGUGAGUGCGGAUAAUUUAAUGUCCUAUUUUCUUUGCCAUUCUUUGCCAAAUAUUUAUACACUGCUCAAAAAAAUAAAGGGAACACUUAAACAACACAUCCUAGAUCUGAAUGAAUGAAAUAAUCUUAUUAAAUACUUUUUUCUUUACAUAGUUGAAUGUGCUGACAACAAAAUCACACAAAAAUUAUCAAUGGAAAUCAAAUUUAUCAACCCAUGGAGGUCUGGAUUUGGAGUCACCCUCAAAAUUAAAGUGGAAAACCACACUACAGGCUGAUCCAACUUUGAUGUAAUGUCCUUAAAACAAGUCAAAAUGAGGCUCAGUAGUGUGUGUGGCCUCCACGUGCCUGUAUGACCUCCCUACAACGCCUGGGCAUGCUCCUGAUGAGGUGGCGGAUGGUCUCCUGAGGGAUCUCCUCCCAGACCUGGACUAAAGCAUCCGCCAACUCCUGGACAGUCUGUGGUGCAACGUGGCGUUGGUGGAUGAAGCGAGACAUGAUGUCCCAGAUGUGCUCAAUUGGAUUCAGGUCUGGGGAACGGGCGGGCCAGUCCAUAGCAUCAAUGCCUUCCUCUUGCAGGAACUGCUUACACACUCCAGCCACAUGAGGUCUAGCAUUGUCUUGCAUUAGGAGGAACCCAGGGCCAACCGCACCAGCAUAUGGUCUCACAAGGGGUCUGAGGAUCUCAUCUCGGUACCUAAUGGCAGUCAGGCUACCUCUGGCGAGCACAUGGAGGGCUGUGCGGCCCCCCAAAGAAAUGCCACCCCACACCAUGACUGACCCACUGCCAAACCGGUCAUGCUGGAGGAUGUUGCAGGCAGCAGAACGUUCUCCACGGCGUCUCCAGACUCUGUCACGUCUGUCACAUGUGCUCAGUGUGAACCUGCUUUCAUCUGUGAAGAGCACAGGGCGCCAGUGGCGAAUUUGCCAAUCUUGGUGUUCUCUGGCAAAUGCCAAACGUCCUGCACGGUGUUGGGCUGUAAGCACAACCCCCACCUGUGGACGUCGGGCCCUCAUACCACCCUCAUGGAGUCUGUUUCUGACCGUUUGAGCAGACACAUGCACAUUUGUGGCCUGCUGGAGGUCAUUUUGCAGGGCUCUGGCAGUGCUCCUCCUGCUCCUCCUUGCACAAAGGCGGAGGUAGCGGUCCUGCUGCUGGGUUGUUGCCCUCCUACGGCCUCCUCCACGUCUCCUGAUGUACUGGCCUGUCUCCUGGUAGCGCCUCCAUGCUCUGGACACUACGCUGACAGACACAGCAAACCUUCUUGCCACAGCUCGCAUUGAUGUGCCAUCCUGGAUGAGCUGCACUACCUGAGCCACUUGUGUGGGUUGUAGACUCCGUCUCAUGCUACCACUAGAGUGAAAGCAUCGCCAGCAUUCAAAAGUGACCAAAACAUCAGCCAGGAAGCAUAUGAACUGAGAAGUGGUCUGUGGUCACCACCUGCAGAACCACUUCUUUAUUGGGGGUGUCUUGCUAAUUGCCUAUAAUUUCCACCUGUUGUCUAUGCCAUUUGCACAACAGCAUGUGACAUUUAUUGUCAAUCAGUGUUGCUUCCUAAGUGGACAGUUUGAUUUCACAGAAGUGUGAUUGACUUGGAGUUACAUUGUGUUGUUUAAGUGUUCCCUUUAUUUUUUUUAGCAGUGUAUAUAUACACAGUACCAGUCAAAGGUUUGGACACCUACUAAUUCCAGGGUUUUUCUUUAUUUUUACUAUUUUCUACAUUGUAGAAUAAUAGUGAAGACAUCAACACUAUGAAAUAACACAUAAGGAAUCAUGUAGUAACCAAAAGUGUUAAACAAAUCAAAAUAUAUUUGAGAUUUGAGAUUCUUCAAAUAGCCACCCUUUGCCUUUAUGACAGCUUUGCACACUCUUGGCAUUCUCUCAACCAGCUUCACCUGGAAUGCUUUUCCAACAGUCUUGAAGGAGUUCCCACAUAUGCUGAGCACUUGUUGGCUGCUUUUCCUUCAAUCUGCCGUCUGACUCAUCCCAAACCAUCUCAGUUGGGUUGAGGUCGGGGGAUUGUGGAGGCCAGGUCAUCUGAUGCAGCACUCCAUCACUCUCAUUCUUGGUAAAAUAGCCCGUACACAGCCUGGAGGUGUGUUGGGUCAUUGUCCUGUUGAAAAACAAAUGAUAGUCCCACUAAGCGCAAACCAGAUGGGAUGGCGUAUCGCUGCAGAAUGCUGUGGUAGCCAUGCUGGUUAAGUGUGUCUUGAAUUCUAAAUAAAUCACAGACAGUGUCACCAGCAAAGCACCCCUACACCAUAACACCUCCUCCUCCAUGCUUUACGGUGGGAACUACACAUGCGGAGAUCAUCCGUUCAGCCACACCGCGUCUCCAACCGCCGUGGAGACGCGGUGUUCCAACCGCCGUGGUUGGAACCAAAAAUCUCCAAUUUGGACUCCAGACCAAAGGACACAUUUCCACUGGUCUAAUGUCCAUUGCUCAUGUUUCUUGGCCCAAGCAGGUCUCUUCUUAUUAUUGGUGUCCUUUAGUAGUGGUUUCUUUGCAGCAAUUCGACCACGAAAGCCUGAUUCACACAGUCCCCUCUGAACAGUUGAUGUUGAGAUGUGUCUGUGACUUGAACUCUGUGAAGCAUUUAUUUGGGCUGCAUUUUGAGGCUGGUAACUCUAAUGAACUUAUCCUCUGCAUCAGAGGUAACUCUGGGUCUUCCAUUCCUGUGGCGGUCCUCAUGAGAGCCAGUUUCAUCAUAGCGCUUGAUGGUUUUUGCGACUGCACUUGAAGAAACAUUCAAGUAUUGACUGACCUUCAUGUCUUCAAGUAGUGAUGGACUGUAAUUUCUCUUUGCUUAUUUGAGCUGUUCUUGCCAUAAAAUGGACUGGGUCUUUUACCAAAUAGGGCUAUCUUCUGUAUACCUUGUCACAACACAACUGAUUGGCUCACUUUAACACUUGGUUACUACAUGAUUCCAUAUGUGUUAAUUCAUAGUUUUGAUGUCUUCACUAUUAUUCUACAAUGUAAAAAAUAAAUAAAUAAAAACCCUUGAAUGAGUAGGUGUGUCCAAACUUUUGACUGGUUGUGUGUGUGUGUAUAUAUAUAUAUAUAUAUAUAUUUUUUUUUUUUUUCAAGUUUGAUCAGCACUGAUGCUGCUGCCAGAGGCAUUGACAUCAAUGGGGUGAAAUGUGUUGUGAACUAUGAUGCACCACAGUUCAUCAGGACUUACAUUCACCGGUAAGCUAGCCUAUGUUUUAUUUGACUGUUACACUUGUAACUGCAUAGGUUGAAUUGUAUUUGUUGUAGCUUUUGUAUACAAUGUUCUUAGAUGUUUUGCCUUUCUGUGCAACAAUUUUUUGUUGGCACAGGGUUGGAAGAACUGCAAGAGCUGGAAAAUCUGGACUGGCCUUCACAUUUCUGUUGGGGGUACAGGUGAGAUGGAUGUAUUUUUCAAACAUAAGACACAAAGAGCAAUGCAAAUAUGUGAAUGUGUGGCCAAGGCUGGAAUGAUAGCAUUGCAGAAAAGCAAUAUUCUCUAAACUGCAUUGCUCCUGCAUAAAUACCAUUCACAUUUCAAUUUAAGUAAAUGUGAGUUUUGUUUAGUUGUGAUUACAUUACAUUUUAGUCAUUUAGCAGACGCUCUUAUCCAGAGCGACUUAGUUAGUGAGUGCAUACAUUUUCAUACUGGCCCCCCGUGGGAAACGAACCCACAACCCUGGCGUUGCAAGCGCCAUGCUCUACCAACUGAGCUCCACGGGGCCUCACUGCCAAAACUGCCAGACAAGUUUUAAUAGCUAUAAAAUUGCUGCUUUAGUUAAAGAACUACAGUUCCUGUAUGCUAAUUCUGGUUGAUGUUGGUCGUUGCUAUUCUAUAGGAGAAAAACUUUCUUCAGAUGGUGAAGGAUGCAGGCAGCCCUGGGAUCCACAAACAGAUAGUCAAGCCUGGUAGUCUGAAGAGCAUGGAACCCCGCUAUCAACAGACGCUACUGGAGUUGGGGAAUACCAUAAAGGUAGUGUAGUAGACUCAGAUCACUCAAAUACACUGUGAAAUUCAAACGAACGGCGUGAGGACAACUAUUGAUCUUGUCCGUUACUUGUUGCUCUAGCAUUAUCGUCAUCAUUAUGUCGCAAGUUGUCAUUACUUUUAACAGUACAUCUGUUUUAUUUUUUUUCCCCAGGGUGAAAAGGCCAAGAAGCACGUCUAACACAGUGACUUGAGCCAAUAUACUGUAAGAUUGUUCCUUCUACUGUUGCAGGCAAAACCAGCAGUCAGCGCGCACACAAGAUUUGGUUCCCGGUGCAGACUUUUGUAUGAAAUUAUUUUUUUUCUCAAAUAAAAAUGGG